AUGAGUUUUAGGCAGUUGUAUAGGUCCUUACAAAGGGAACUUGCCAUAAUAAAUGAGAAUACCCAUACAAGGAAUGUUGCUAAGGACCUAGAAAGAAAAACAGCUUUGCUUCAAUAUAAAAGACUUCAAAAUUCAAGAGAAGGGAAGUCCAUCCAGGAAGUAGAAAAGCAAUUGGAGCAGUUGAAUAAGAAUAAGCCCGAAGUGCCAAGCUUGGACAAUACUUUCAUCAAGGAGAUAGUUCAAGAAGAUUCGGAAAGUGAGCUUCCAUAUAUAAAGUUGAAUAACUUGUCUAAUAUCACGGCAUUCUUGAGAUCGCAGAGAACAUAUACAGAACUACUUGAAAGGUAUAAUCCUGGAUUGACAAUGAGUCAAGAGGAGAAUGUGCGUAGAACCGCUAAUAGGGUUGGAUUAUUCGUCCCAGAAAAUGAAAAGAAAUAA